CAUUUGUUGAUCAGUUAGCUUUCACGUUUAUUCAAAUGUUUUUUAAAACUUACUCUAAUGUUUAAUUUAUUUUAAGAAAAUGUGAAUUAAUUAUUAUCGUUACUUGUAUCUUACUCUGUGAAAAUGUCUAUUAUUAAAACUUUAAAACGAUUGCCUGAUCUUUGCAAAUUCAAUGUCACCUUUUUAAAAUCUUCUAGUCAAUCAUUUAAUAUCAAUUGUGGCCAAUAUUCGGGAAGAAUAUUUUCUCGAGUUUUUAGUAAUGCCGUUCGACAUCAUGAUAAAGACUUGUUACUAAAAACAGGCAGAAAAGAAACUGGAUUGUACGCCUUACCGGUUAAACCAAAAGCCAAUCCAUUGCAUCCAAGGAAUGCUCUUUUUGGACGGAAUGACAUUGAUAAACAUGGCAAUCGUAGUGAUAUGUUUCUUGUAGAGGCUUUCAGUACAGCUGAAGAAUAUCGUUUUCCUGAUUUUUAUAAAGCUGUUUCCACUAAGCCUGAGUUUGAAGAAAUUAAAAUUAGUGAUGAGCUUGAUGGUGAAGUGUUAGCUUUCAAAUUAAACAAAUCUGGACAAAACAAACCAUCUACAAUAUUUAUUUUCAGAGAAGGAACUACAGUAUUCUGGAAUUUUGACCACCACGAUAUCAAAAACACUCUUCAGCUGCUACGUGCCUUCGAAGUGAAAUCAUAUCCUGAUGAUUUGGUUAAAGAAGAGAAUGAAAUAAUGCAAUUUACCUAUUCUGAAGCUAAGCCAAAAAUUAUUCGGAACAUAAUUCAUAUUACUGAGAAUGAAUAUCCACCACUUUCACAAUAUACUUUUUCUAAUGCUCUAGCGUUAUCAGUAAAACUGGCAAUACGAGAGUCUUCAUUAGAUUAUUAUGUUGAUAAUAUUAAAUUCAUUUCCGAGGACAUAAGAGAUGGAAAGAAAAUAAAGUUGACUCAAGAUCAAGUUUUCAGAAAGACGGGUGAACUGUUCAACCUUCGCCAUCACAUUAAUUUAAGCUCGGAUUUACUAGAUACACCAGACUUUUAUUGGGAUCGACAAGAACUUGAAAAUUUGUUUCUGCAAACUUGUAAUUACUUGAACACGCUGAAGCGAACUAAAGUAAUAAACGAAAAAUUGAGUCACUGCUUGGAGCUUAUGGAUCUAUUGCAAAGACAUUUAAGUGAUAAGCACCACGUAAGAUUGGAAUGGAUGAUCAUCGUUUUAAUUAUGGUUGAGGUUGUAUUUGAAUUCCUUCAUUAUUUUGAAAGAAUAGUGGAUAACUGAAUUAGUUUGGAGACAAUUACGCGUCAACAAAAGUAUAUUUUCAUGUCCAAUUUAAGGAAUCCAGUUGCCUUGAUGUAAAAUUACAAUUUUUUUAUUUCGAUCUCAUAACUGAGUGACAUUUAACUUCACAAUAAAUUUCAUACCAAGGUUAAGUUUAUCUUUCAAUUUGAUAAAUAAAAUCUUGAAAAACUUCA